AUGCCGAUACAACAGCACCUUGAAACAAGGCAGCCAAUCACCACGGACCCAGACGUUGUCAAGAGUCUUGCAAAGGGUGGCCUCUCUCCUGAUGAUAUCGACUAUGUGAUAUACUCGCAUGUACAUUGGGACCACAUCGGCGAGCCUCGAGACUUCCCAAAAUCCACCUUUAUCGUCGGUCAUGGAGCACUUGCUCUGCUGGAUGGAGCUUCCAUAUCUUUUCGCGGAGGCCACUCCUUCUUUGAAAGCAAUCUCUUGCCACGGGAACGGACUGUUGAGUUAUCGGAACCUUCGGCCGAUACACAAAACAAAGACUGCCCGAGCAGGUUACCGGGUGAUGUCAGCUUCAGAGGCUCAUGGCGUGCGCAUGGCCAUCUCCCACAUGUUCUGGAUGUCUUCAACGACGGAUCACUGUUAAUCGUCAAUGCACCCGGUCAUCUUCCGGGUCACAUCAACCUUCUCGCAAGGACAUCGGAAAGCCACCAAAUUUACAUGGGCGGCGAUGCUUGCCACGAUAGACGACUGCUAACCGGCGAGAAAGCGAUCGGGGAAUGGAAUGAUUCAAAUGGGCACACUUGCUGCAUCCACGCUGAUCGAAAAGUAGCCGAAGAGACGAUUGAGAGGAUAAGAAUUUUAGAGCAGAAGGGAGUCGAGGUUAUUUUUGCGCACGAUAUCGAGUGGGACGAUAACCCGGCCAACAAGGUGAGAUAUUUCGGCGCUGACUAG